UCUCCUUUUCUGUUGAGAACGACACACGGCAUUCCUUCAUUCUUUCUCAGCGAAACAGAAACUUUUUUAAACAAAAUCAUUAAUCCUCCAAAAAUAUUAAAAAAAAUUAAAAUUUGUUAAUUUGUAAUAAAAAAAAACAUAUAAAACAAACAAAGUGAUAAAACUCAAGUGGAACUUAGUCUGUGUUAAAUAAAAAAUCCUGUACUGAAACGAAAGCAGACCAAAUUCUAAGCAGAUUGGAAAAUUGCGGGUCAACAAAUAUUCUUAUAAGAAACGAAGGAGGAAAACUUUGAGGCAUUUCCUCUACCACCACCCACUUCUUUGGAAUUAAUUAUGAAGUGUGAAUAUUUGUUGUUAUAUUUAUUAAAUUGAGAAAGAAAAAAAGGAGUUUCGAUAAGAUGACAAUUAUUACGUGAAACAGUCGUUGGCGUUCGGGUUGCGCGGUCGGGUAAUUUAUAUAUAUACUUUUUGUUUUUUUUUUUGCUUUAUGCCCGAUUAAUGCUUUAAGUGUGUGUGCGUUUGUUUGUAAAAUGGGAAUGAAUAAAAGAAAAUAAGAAACAGCAAGCAAGCAACAACAAAUACUAAUACAUCAAUUGAUUGUGUGUGGAGUAAGGAGUGGUUUUUUCGUCUUUGCUUUACACUUCAGUUGUGCUUAAGAGUAUGGUGUAAGUGUGUUUGUGUUUGCAUUCUAAUUGGAAUUAAGAAGCAAAGUGAAAUAGAAAAUGAAUUAAACAGAUAGAUCACCACCGCAAAGUACAUUCAAUCCACAUUCCAACUGUUAAAAAAGCCAUUGCUCGCCCAUCAACAACCAAAGAGGAGCCAAAAGUGCAAUUAAUAAAAACAAUGUUGCUAACAACAUUGGUUGUUUGUUGCCUAACAAAAAAUGAAUGCUACUGAUCAUGCCAUAGCUCCUGGAGAGUCAACGGCAACAGCAGCAGCACAUUUGGCAGCAAUUAUAGCAAAUACAGCGCAUGCGAAUGGAUAUGAUCAUCAUCAGCGGCAUCAACAACACAACAAUCGACCUUCACCGCUCCAACAAGCACACAAUCACCAUCAUCAUCCCGCCGUUGCUCAUUCACAAUUGAACGAGUCGUGCGGCAACACUACUUCCGAAGAUAGCGUUACUUUGCUCCAUUCAUCGAUAACAACACAACAUCGAUAUAUACCCCUCUCAGAUACCUCAUCGAUUGUUGAUAUUUCUAACGGUAAUCAUCUUAUUAGGAAUUUUGGUGCUGGCAAUGCUUAUGACGAUAUUGUUUCCCAAAAGUUGGUAAUCAUGUCUUCAACGGCUGUUUCUUCGUCUUCGACGUCGGCAGCAUCCACAACUGCCAGUAAUACAAGUUCAACAUUAGUGAUGGCAACGACAGAAGCUGCAGCCGCAGCGGUUGAAUCGUCUGUUUCUGGUAUUGUUGCUAAUAAUAAUAAUGCUAUUACAGCCACAGCUAUUGCAUCUGGCGCAACAGCGCAGGUUUCUAAUGAACAACACCAACCUCAGCCACACCAAAACCAACAACAGCACCAUCAACAACAACAUAUUGUCAAUCAAACGUCUACAAAUGCGGCUUUAUUGGUUACAACUUCAGGUUCAACACCAACGGCGGCUACCAAUCCACCACAGUCUCAGACCACGGCUACAAUUUUAGCCAAUAAUCCUCAAAAUUUGGGCAAAUAUUGGGUGGUAACAAAUUUAUUUCAAGGCCAACACGGACAGCAGCCGCCUGCACCUACGAGUGUUGCCUAUAGCCAAAGUGGUGUUGCCAACGGUGGCGGCACUGGCGGUGCCACAUAUACCCAAACAUCUAUAGCUGGUAUACCAUCAUCGACUUUGGUACGUGCAAUAUCAACAACAGCAGCCUCAGCUGGUGUUACAAAACCAUCGGAAGCGGCAUCAAGUAGCAGUGCGGGAACACUGCAAAUACCGCAAACAACUCAAAUGUUGUCACAGGCAGCCGCCUUAGGGCAACAGUUGCCAAAUGGUACUAUAAUAACAACACAGGCCGCCCAACAACAACAACAGCAACGACAUGCAGAACACCAACAACAGUUACAUGUGCAUGCUUUAAACUCUGCAGAAGAUAACAGGCAGCAGCAACAACAACAGCAGCAACAGCAACAACAACAACAAAUAGCACAGCAGCAGCACCAACAACAGCAGCAGCAACAACAUCAACAACAGCAGCAGCAGCAACAGCACGUCGGUGUUCUGCAAACUAAUGAUGCAAUUAAAGAUGAAAAGCCUUCAUUCACUUCAAAUGGUAAAAUUGCCACCACCAAUCAACAGAUAAUCAUGCAGCAUAUAUCAACAGCAUCGACGGCAGCUCCAGCAACCUCAGGAGCCACUACCAUAACUUUGGGCGCUCCCAAAGCUGAAAUUAAGGACGAUGGCAGUGUGGUAGUUGGCGGUAAAAUACACCCUGGCAUCGAAAUGUACAAGGUUAAUAUUGAAGACAUUUCGCAAUUGUUCGCCUACCACGAAGUAUUUGGCAAGAUGCAUGGCGAUGUCAUAAAUCAUCCUUUGGCGGUGGCACAUGGCAUACCGGUUUCAUCGAACAACAGCAGUAUUGCACCCGCAGUUGCAGCCGCCUCCGCGAAUGCGAAUGAAGCAAAUCAGCAACAGCAGCAGCAACAACAACAACAGCAACAUCAGCAGGCCAAUGCUGGGGGACAAGUGGCCAUCAGUGGAACCGUGGCUAUGCAGCAAUCAUCGGAAUCGACCAUAACUACAACGGCUACAGGCAGCGGAACUGUAGCCGCCACUACCACAAGUGCCGCUACGGCUAUAGCCAAUAGUACUGGAGCAGCGGCCACCACGACGGCUGGUGGUGCGGCAGCUGGCCUCUUAUUGCCCAAAAUGGAGGGCGGUAUUGCGGCCGUCGAUCAAAGCGCCAUCACCUUGGCUCCCGAUGGCACAGUGGUCUCUACUGGAGAACAUGUUUGCGACAUAUGCGGCAAAAUGUUUGCCUUUCGUUAUCAAUUAAUAGUGCAUCGCCGUUAUCAUACGGAGCGAAAGCCUUUCAACUGUCAGGUUUGUGGUCAGGGAUUCUUUACCUCUCAAGAUCUGACUCGUCAUGGCAAAAUUCACAUAGGUGGUCCCAUGUUCACUUGUGUGGUGUGUUUCAAUGUCUUCGCUAAUAACGCUUCACUGGAACGCCACAUGAAGCGGCAUUCGACGGAUAAGCCAUUUGCCUGCACGAUAUGUCAGAAGACCUUUGCGCGCAAAGAGCAUUUGGAAAAUCACUUCCGUUCGCAUACCGGCGAGACACCGUUCCGUUGUCAGUACUGUGCAAAAACCUUUACUCGCAAAGAGCAUAUGGUCAAUCAUGUGCGCAAGCACACAGGAGAGACACCGCAUCGCUGUGACAUUUGCAAGAAGUCGUUUACGCGUAAAGAACACUAUGUCAAUCAUUAUAUGUGGCACACCGGUCAAACUCCUCAUCAAUGCGAGGUGUGUGGCAAAAAGUAUACGCGCAAGGAACACUUGGCCAAUCACAUGCGAUCCCAUACCAACGAUACGCCUUUCCGUUGCGAAAUCUGUGGCAAGAGUUUCAGUCGCAAAGAACACUUUACCAAUCACAUUUUAUGGCAUACAGGCGAAACACCCCAUCGUUGUGACAUCUGCUCGAAAACCUUUACGCGCAAAGAACACUUACUAAAUCAUGUGCGACAACAUACGGGCGAAUCGCCGCACCGUUGCACCUACUGCCCGAAAACGUUUACGCGCAAAGAACAUCUAACAAAUCAUAUACAUCAACACACCGGCGAAACUCCCCAUCGUUGCGAUUUCUGUUCGAAAACUUUUACGCGCAAAGAACACUUACUAAAUCAUGUGCGACAACAUACGGGUGAAUCUCCGCAUCGCUGCACUUAUUGUCUUAAAACGUUUACGCGCAAAGAGCAUUUGGUCAAUCACAUACGUCAACAUACCGGCGAGACGCCAUUCAAGUGCAAUUAUUGCACCAAAGCUUUUACACGCAAGGAUCAUAUGGUUAAUCAUGUGCGCCAGCACACGGGCGAAUCGCCGCACAAAUGCACAUUUUGCGCCAAAACCUUUACGCGCAAGGAACAUUUGACAAAUCAUGUGCGUCAACAUACCGGAGAGUCACCGCAUCGUUGCACCUAUUGCAAAAAGACGUUUACGCGCAAGGAACAUCUAACGAAUCAUAUACGUUUGCAUACGGGCGAUUCGCCGCACAAAUGUGAAUACUGUCAAAAGACAUUUACGCGCAAGGAACAUCUGAAUAAUCAUAUGCGUCAGCAUUCGAGCGAUAAUCCACACUGUUGUAACGUCUGCAAUAAGCCAUUUACGCGCAAGGAACAUUUAAUCAAUCACAUGUCUCGUUGCCACACCGGCGAUCGUCCGUUUGCUUGCGAGACAUGCGGCAAAUCGUUCCCUCUCAAGGGUAAUUUGCUCUUCCAUCAACGUAGUCAUACAAAGGGUCAGGAAAUGGAAAGACCAUUUUCAUGUGAAAAAUGUCCCAAAACAUUUAUCUGCAAGGGUCAUUUGGUGUCCCAUAUGCGCUCUCAUUCCGGUGAGAAACCACAUGCGUGUACUUUAUGCAGCAAGGCUUUUGUGGAGAGAGGAAAUCUAAAACGUCACAUGAAAAUGAAUCAUCCGAAUGCUCCCAUGCCACCUCCACCAGUGCCACAUCCCAUAAUACCUGCCGGUGUAUUGCCGCAGAUAAAACAAGAAAUUAAACCAGUUAUAAGUGAAUUAACUCCUUUACAAUCAGCUCCAAUUGCACAUACCAUACAACAGUUAACAGGUGGUGCUGGAGGUAAUACAGUGCAAUUGCCCACAGGUCUAGUGCCUUUGGUUACAUCCACAAUAACAUCUCAUGCCACCCAGAAACAAGUACCGCCACCACCACCACAGCAACAGCAGCAAGCGCAACCGCCGCAACAGCAGCAGGCGCAGGCACCACAAGCCCAACAAUUGCAGCAGCAGCAACAACAGUUAAUGCAUCAGCAAGCUGCUGCAGCUGCCGCAGCGGCACACCAACAACAAGUAUUGCAUCAACAGCAACAACAACAACAUCAACAACAGCAGCUAAUGCAAUUAUCAUUGCAACAGGCCGCCGCAGCGGCGGCAGCUCAUCAGCAAUUACAACAGCCCUCGUCUCAUCAAACGACUCAACAGCAGCAACAACAACAACAACAGCAGCAGCAACAACAACAACAACAAUCGCAAGCCCAACAACAACAGCAGCAGCAACCACCGCCACCACAAGUGCCAAUUGCUUUAAUACAAACGACGGACCCUGAAGCUUUGGCGCGCGCUGCUAUGCAUAUGCCACCCAAUGUGGAACAGCAUCCAGUCGUUUACUAACAACAAAAGCAAAAUGCCAAUAUCAUAAUUUGGUAACGGCAAAAUUAAUAAUAUUCAGUCAAAAGGAGGAAGAAAGGGUUAUUUGCGAAAGGUCUUUGCGCCUAAAACUAAUUUUCCACCAAGCAGUUAAAGCAAUUGUGACCAAUAAUAUUCAAAUAUUUAUUUUUGGUAAGAUUUUAUAAGAAUCAUAAUUUUUUUUUUAUAUUUUAAACACAAUCAUUAAUUUUUAUUUAAAAAAAAAUACUAUAAUUUUCAUACCAUUUUUUUGGGUAUGAAUAUAAUUUUUUUAGUUUAGAAUUUUAUUUGGUAUCGAUUUAGCUAAACAAACAAUGACCAUUAUGCAUAUCCCUCUAAAAUCCUUUUUAUCUUGACUUGUGCAAUAAUUGUAUAUGUAUGAAAUACCUACAUUAUUAUUAUUUCCUUUCUUAAGUAAGUAGCUGGGCUACUAAAAAUGAUUAAAGUACUUUUAAUGAGGAAGUAUUUUAAAAUGAUACAUUUUAAAGGCUUCGAUAUGUAACCCCUUUUUUAAAUUAUGCAGACUUGUAUUAUAUGAUGAUUGGAAAUAUGAAUUCGGAUCUGAUCUUGGGUUUUUUUUGCCUUCCCAAUACCUUAUUUUGUCCGCGUUAGUAUGAUUUGUAAGAUAAUUUGAAAUGAUUUAUUUUCUCCUUUAAUUAAUCUCUUAAAAUGAUCUACAAUUGAAAAAAGAUUGGGAAAAAAUAACGCAAAUUUGCACAAAUUGCUACUGAAAGUCAUUCGCGUACUUUAUUUGCCAACAAAAGAGAGCAGGAAAGUGCGAAAGAGCGAGCAAAAUUGUGCGAGCUUUCAAAUUUCUACUUGCUGGUUUAAUGAAAAUAAAAAAGAGAGUAAAGUCUGUGCUUAUUCUCCUGGAAAAGUACGCGAACAGACCUACUGUCAUAUGAAAAAUAACUGCAUUUGAUUUUCAGACAGCGAUAACUCAACACAUCUAUAACUGUGGGGUAAUUUCAAUUUCAUUUCUAGAGGGCAGCAGAAAACAAGUUAAAUUAAAUAAAUGUUUAUGGCACAUCAUAGUCACAUGUUCACAUGACCAUCAGUUUUUGCUAAAAAAUCAAAAUCAUUAGAUUUUUUUCGAUUAUUGACGUCAAUCGAUUACCGUUUAAAAAGACAUAUCGCAAAUAUGUAAGCGAAGAAAGUUCAUACAAAGAAGAUUAGAAAACGAUGCAUCAUUUUUGGGAAAUCAACUCGUAAUCAACACAUAAAGUCGAUGAAUUAGCGUUUGAUAGAUAAAGGAAACAAGAAGUAACAACAGCUAUGAUCUAUAACUAUUCGUUUCCAUUCCAGAUUACAUUGGUAUGUCAACGAACCGUUUUUGUAACCAUUCAUAUGUUGCCCGAUAAUUUUUUGUAAACUUCUGUAUUUAGCCUAAAGGCCUGGUUAUGUUCUCGUAAAUGCAGCGUAAAUGUAGAACAAAACCAAACGUUGCAUUUGACACUUCAAACAAAACAAUUUUUUUUAACAAAAAAAAAAAGACUUGAAGGUGAGAGAGAAAGACUUCAGGCAUAACUCAAGGGCAGGUUGGAGAAGAGGACCCUCCACGCUGUGAUGCUUGUUGUUGAGACGUCUCUCCAACUAAUGGAGUACGCAAUGGCGGCCUUCUCGAAUAUUCAGAGGGCAUUAAACAACGAGGAGAUGGGUCGACAGUCAUCGCUCUAAGCCGAACGGGGAGACAGAAUACGGCCAAGUUUCCCUUCUGGACCCAUGGAUGCGGUGAGCCGACUAAGGACACUGCGGACUGCGACGCACACAACAUUUCAGGAAAAGCAAUGUGCCAUAACGAUAGACCCAAAAGAACUUCUGGGAAGGGAUUUACAGUAGCUAGUUACAGGUAGAUCUCAGCUUAGCUUCUUGUAAUGACGAUUAACACCAAACAACAAUUGGAUCUCAGAGUUUCAACCGAUGUGGUGCUUAUAAUCGUCGCGUGCCGGGUCAAAAUCAGUAUGCGUAUAUGGCGGCCCUCAAGUUCGUGGGCUGUAGUAUAGUGAGGUCGAAGUGCGUGGAGGAGUGUGAGGAAUCCCUGAAUAGACCCUAGUUUCACAAUGACAACAUGGAUUAGCGGAUACGACAUAUCACAUAUGUCUCGCUUUUUUCACAACCGUUCAGACUGACCACCUGUUCUUAAGCUUUAUUAUUAACAAUAAAUUGUAAUAGAUGUCAGAGUGAAAUAGAAUAGGAGAAUAGCAGUUUUCAAAACAUUAAUUUUUGGCAAGGCAUAUUUAUUAAGGUGGCCGCAUCGGCGAAUUGUUGCAACAAAUCAUCUUUUUUGGGAACUUGAUAUGUCAAAAUUGUAAACAGGGCGAAAAAAAUUCAAUUUGCCUUGACAUUUAAAAGUUUAGGCAAAUUUGCUUCGACCAAUCAGAGCAAGAAGAAAAAAGUUUAUUAAUUUUUGAGUUUCAAGCAAGAAAACGCAUAAUUAAAUAUAUUUAAAAUUUCAAUUAGCUGCAGAGGUUUUACCCACAAAACCAACCAAAGAUUAUUAUAGUCGUGGAUAGCUACCAAGCGAAUGCCGAUGUUGAUAGGCGGCAUAAUUAAUGUAUGGCUCAAAUAGGAAGAUUUUGGUAAGAGCUCAAUCGCCAAAAGGUGGGGUUGUGUACCCCGUUUUUGGCUCUUGGAUAUCUGUGGGAUUUUCAGGUCAUUUGAAAAGGAGGUUAAAGUUUAUUGGCUACGAGGAUGACGUUGUCAUCAUGGUGUGGGGCAUUCAGAGUGCAUAUAGUAUGGGCCGUUCGGAGUGCAUAUAGUAUGCUGCCAAAAUUGACCAAUGGGCUUGACGUAAACUCCCAAAAGAUAAAAUUGGUACUAUUCACCAAUCAAAGGUAGCUUGGUAUAUUCAGGGGACCUCUCCUAGAUGUGAGGAGCUGUCGUUCUCACUACUGAAAGUCCUGAAAAGCCAUUGCAAUGUCAGGACUUUGACCUUGCGCUGGACACAUGGCGGACUUAAGCUUGAUUUGUGAGAAUGAGGGGGAGUCAUAGACGGUUGAGCACCUAUUUUGGAAUUGCCCUGAAAGUGUGACAGUAAGUGCAGGAUUAUGGCUACAAAAACACCUAUUUUCCUGUCUAAAUUAUUUUCGUGCAAUAGUUUCGUUAAAUGGCAUAUUGGAGGUAUCUCCUUUAGACCGCCUGGCCGUUUUGUCAUGCAUGUUGGCUCCUAAUCUGCUUCAUUCUAAUGUCUGGCAUUGUACUGAUGUAAAUGUAAUCACUUUUGUUCUGCGCUUUUUGAAUCUUUCGGGGCGACAAAAUGGACCUAAGUUCCCUGAGUGAAGCUGAUAGUGAAUGAGGUUGUUAAACGCGUACCAUUAUAUACCCUAAGUUUUAAAACCAUAACAGCAGCAAAUACAAUUUAUUAAAUAUUCAUUUUAAAGUGUGAGUAGUUUGCCCCUGUUUCUUAGUGGAAUGUUCAUGGGCAAAAUUUGCAAUUUUACAAGGUGUCCCCCUUAUCUCCGUCUCGUUAAAGUGAAGUAACGCUUGAACUAACCCCAGAUCGACUUUGCAUUAGCGCUGGGCUGGAACGAACCAUUUCCUUCUCUACCUCGUUUGAAGUUGGAGUUAUCUAGUGUGAUUUCCAACUGGCCAACGGACAAUGAACAGUUGGUACAGCACAAGGCAAUAUCCAUUGAUUCUGACUGAUCGUAAUAUCCAUCCACUGGUGGUUAUAAAGUGACAUCUACAAAUUUUUCCAUGAAUAUUGCACUAAGGAAUGAGUGCAGUCCGCUGCCAAUUUAGUCUCAAUGAUAAGGGACCAUCUUUUUCGCACAAUAUCGAUUACUAGUAGAAGUGUACACUUAAAAUUUACUCAGUACAUUUGAUUUGCACUGAAACAAAAUGUGUGAUAUAUACUAAUUGGCGAUUUUUUUGGUAUAUCUAUAGACAUUUUAUUUGUCAUAGAAGAUGGACACCAAAAAAAUAUUAAACAAAAAUUCAAUUUUUAGAUACGAAUUCAUAAUUCCAAGAAAAAAAAUAUUAUUGCACUUUGACAGCUCUAUUGCUUUAAUUGCAAUAUAAGAAAAAGAAAGGCGCAACCAACUAAAACUCUUCUCUUCCUCCAACUUGAAAUAUGCUUUACAUAUAAUUUAUAAAUACUACACAUACAUAUAUAUAUAAUAUAAAAAAAACAAUUUACUUUACAUAUUAUAUGUAAUAAAAACAAUAAAAAAAAACUAUUAGAUUUUAGUAAAAACAAAAACAUGCCCCAUUUACAUUAAUUAUUAUUAAAAAAAAAAGAAACAAAAAUAUAACACCCUCAACACAUAACCAACACCAAGACCAUAAUCUUGAAUUCGCCACUCUCACCACCAUAAGUUGAUGAUAAACAAUUGUUUUAAACACAUGCCGCCUUUCAUAAGUAUAUACAUCAUUGACACCACUCAUACACACACCCACACCAAACAUUAAAAAUAUCUAUAAAACAGUUCUAUUUUAUUCUAUCUAUAUAUUCUUAUUAUUAUAUUUUAAUUAUUAUUUGCUAAUCUCACAAGUUCACUUAUUGUUCAUCAUCUUAUAAUACAAAAGGAAAACGAAAAGAAAAAAACAUAAAAUAAAAGAAAACCCCACACGCAUAAAAGAAAAUUAAAAGAAUAGGAAGUAGAAGACGAAAAAGAAUUCAUAAACAAUUGUUAUUGCUUUUAAAAAAUGCAAAAAACUCACUUUAAGGCAAACAUGUAUUAAAACUUUGCAUUUCUCUCUUUCUCAUUCUCUCUACAAGAAGAUGAAGAAGAAGAAAAACAAAUUUAGAAAACCCCAACAAACAACCAACUUCACCACAGUAAAUCAUUGUAUGAAUAUGAUUAAAAAAAAUUUAACAUAAAAGAAGAUACCUACCCUACAUAUAUGUAUGUAAUUUGUUACUCCACACAUUUGUUUAAAACAAGUAAAAUUAUUGAUUUUACAACAACAAACGAAAUUGCUUAUUUUAAAAGAAGAGUUUUUGAAAAUGUAUUUUAUUUUAUUUUAAUAAUUAUUUUCCAUUAAAAAGCCCACAUUUCUUUUUUUAGUAUUUUUAUGUAAAAGAGUAUAUAAUUUAAAAUGAUAUACUACUAUUAUUAUUUUAAUAUUAAUAUUGCCCCUAAUAUAAAACAAAAACAACAAAGUAAUAUGCUUUAAAAACAAUUAACAAUAUAACACGUAAAAUAAAAACAAAACAAUACAUUUGAUGUUAAACAAAAACGUAUAUUUAAUAUUAUUAUCAAUCAAAAAAACAAAAAAAACAAAAAGAA